GGCUGUUGCUAUGGAUACGCACUGUCAAUACAAACAAAUCGUCCACCUCCUUUAUUAUUUGCGAAUAAGAGAGAAACGUUUGCUAACAUCAUGAAACCAAUUGACUUUAUACUUCCAACUGAACUUUACAAUUUAAUAAAUAGGAAAGGCCAAUAUCCAGCAAUUAGCGAUCCUAAUUAUGUACUUUUAUUAGGUAUGAACCGGGUUUCAAUUAUCCUCUUUUUUUCGUUAAAGAUCUUUAUAAUUUUAGAUUCAAGAAGCGAGCAUGACUUUAAUGAAAGUCAUAUAUUAAUGGCGAAAAAUUGUAAAAUGAAUGAACAUAACGAAUAUAUAGUUCCAGAAGAAGCGGAAUUGGAAUGUAAACAGACAAUAAUUAUUUACGAUAAUAAUACUGCAUCUAUAAGAGACAAUGGAGACGCCAUCACUUGCAGUCAAAGAAUAUGGCUAAUGGGCAGUAGAUUUACAGUUUUAAUUCUGAAGGGUGGUUACGAGCAUUUUUCCGCUUUAUACCCUUUUAUGAGAACGCAAAAGAUUUUGUGGACACCUAAGGAAUUGGAUGAAUUUAAAACCUAUCCAAUAGAAGUUAUACCAAACCUCCUUUAUCUCGGUGAUUGGCGUCAAGCUAAUGCAGCUUACAUUCAAAAAGACUUAAAAAUAACUGGACAUGUAAACUGUACACAAACUCCUGGAACUUUUUUCUGCGAUGUGGGUAAAAAUUUAGUUCAAGUUUACGUCAAUGAUGAAAAUUCCUCAGAUAUAAAUCCGUAUUUUGACGAUGUUACUAACUUUAUUCAGAGCCACAAGUAUUUAGGCGGGAGAGUUUUGGUAUUUUCGGAUAAAGGAAUGAGUAGAUCGUCGGCAUUCUGUCUAGCGUGUAUAAUGAAAGAAAGAAUGAUACCUUUAAGGGAGGCUAGAGCAGAUUUAAGAGCAUGUAGUCCAUGGGCGGAACCUUUGAAAGUCUAUAUUGAUGCGUUGAUUUUAUACGAAGAUAAAAUUUUUACUCAAUAUGAGGAACAAUUAGCAAAGCUUAAACAAGAGGAGGAUAGUGCUCUGCCCCCACCCGUAGAGAGAACAACAUUAUCUAUGCGCUUUUUAAGAAAUUAUGGAUUAGUAGUGAAAAUUUUUCGACAAUUUCAUUGUAGCGCUUUAAAGAGUAUGGCAACGAGACAUCUACGCAAUUCAAAUAUGGUUGUUCUUGUUGACAUGGAUUGCGUUAUAUGCGAUUUCGAGGGAUACUUUUUGGAAUGCUAUCAAAAGAUUUACCCCGAAGAUCCAUAUAUAGCCCUAGGAAAAAGGAAUCAAUUCUAUCUGACAGAUCAAUAUUCAGAAUUAGGAGAAGAAUAUGGAAACAAGGCUAAAUCAAUUUUUUCAUCCGAAGGUUUUUUUCAGAAUAUUCCACCAAUUCCCAAAGCAAUUGAUAGUCUUAAGGAAAUGAGUGGAAUGGAUGGAGUCAGUGUAUUCUUAUGCACGAGUCCGAUGAGGUCAUACAAAUAUUGCGCUUUUCAAUGGGUUGAACAGUACUUUGGUAGAUCUUGGAUUGAUAAAUUGAUACUAACAAGAGAUAAAACUGUUGUCUAUGGAAAUUUGCUUAUUGAUGAUAAACCUAGAAUAUUUGGAGCUUUAAAAUCCCCUCCUUGGGAUCACAUUCUCUUUAGAGCAUGCCAUAAUACCUCAAUUAGAGCACCCGGCAGGAAAACUUCAGCAAAAUCAGUAUUAGAGAGCUGGUCCGAUGAUUGGAAAUCUUUAAUUGAUAAUAAGAAAAGGGAGCUGAGUUAA